AUGGGAGGAGCAGCCGAAAGCAACCUGAAGAUCCUCGGCUGCACCGCUCAAUCCAACACCCUCUCUCUCGCCAAGCCCAAUCUCGCUUCCUCUCCCGGCCCCUGUCGCCCUGUCGCCCUUUGCCUUGUCGACUGGGAGGAGGCCUCGCUGCAUCCGUCUUGCAUUCCGCUCCCUUUCUUUUUGGUCGUUUGCUCCUUCGGUUGGAGCCGUGCGGUCGAGCUCGAGCUCGAGCUCGAGCUCGUCCUGCAUAUCGCAUUGCAGCUCGUCUUUUUCUCCUUCUUUGCCGCCCUCCGCCCCGCUUGCGUUUCAGCCCAGCGGCGGCGGCGGCUGUCAACGCACAUCGUCUGGCGUUCUGGGCGGGUUGCAGCUUGGACGUCCCGUGAGAUCCGCUGUUUGCACUGCACCGCUCCCGUACGCCUCCUGCCCUGCCUGGCCCUGCCUGGCCCUGCUCUGUCCCGUCAUGACGGCACCUCUUGCCUUGCCUGCUUAGGCAAAAGCACGCUCCGGCUUUUUGCCUCCGCAGGCCGUACAAGUUCGAAUGGCAUCAUUGUCCAGCUCGAUCCUCGCUCAAGCUUUACCGCCGCCGCCGCCGCCCUGAACCGCAUCCUCUCUGCGCCGUUGCUCUACUGGGUUGUGGCUUGGUCCCCUCUGCCCUUGCAUUGGAGCUUGCAGCGUGCACCUGCGUCGGGUUGCCUCCGUCCUGCCCUUCCUGCUGCGUUCGUCCCUGGUCCGCCACCUACGUCCAGUCGACCCAUCUCACUUUCCUCCUUCAUCAUCACUUCCACCGGUUCGUACCAUCAAAUCACAUCGCCGCCUCGCCACCACCUGCGCGCCAGACACCGGAAUAGAGCGGCGCAGUCGUCCUUUGCCAGCGCGCGCCAGUGCAGAGCAAACACGUCGCCACCCAAACCCACGCGCUCCAAGCGGAUAGACCCUCUCUCCACCAACCCAGCGCCACUUCAUCUGCUUAGUCCGCGACCGCUUCAUUCAACGCCAACCGCUUCAUCUCGCUCACCUCAUCCAACCAUCGUAAUAUCCUGA